AUGCGGGUGUGUUAUUAUGAUCUGCUGGGUGUAGAAAGAAAAGCGACCGAUGACGAACUUAAAAAAGCGUAUAGAAGACAGGCUCUCAUUUGGCAUCCUGACAAAAAUCACGACAGAGUUUCGGAGGCAACAGAACGAUUUGCUCUUAUUAGAGAAGCUUAUGAGGUGUUAUCAGAUGCUCAAGAAAGAUCAUGGUACGAUGGCCACAGAGAUGCAAUUUUACGCGGUGAUGAUCACAAAGCAUCUCGUGAUAGUAGUGCGGGCACGACCACAGAAGAUUUGAUGAGUUACUUUAGUAUAUCCCAAUUCAAGGGUUUCAAUGAUUCAGAUACUGGUUUCUAUACUGUCUAUCGCAAAUUAUUCCAAAAAUUAAUGAAUGAAGAAGAAGAAGCUCACAGGGACACUCCUGAUGAAGACGAUAUUUCUUUCACACAUUAUCCCUCUUUUGGAAAUUCAAAGACACCUUUUGCCGACAGCGACGGAUACAUGGGUUACGGCUCUUACGUACGCGAUUUCUACAGCGCCUGGGGAAAUUUCACCUCUGUAAAAUCAUUUCAAUGGAUGGACAAGUGGAGACUUUCGGAAGCUCCUAACCGUAUAGUACGCAGAGCAAUGGAAAAAGAGAAUAAGAAAGCCCGCGACACAGCUCGCAAAGAAUAUAAUGAUACUGUUAGAAAUCUCGCUACAUUUAUGAGAAAGCGCGACCCGCGCCUCAAAGCAUUCCAGGAAGAAGAGCAACGACGCAAAGAUGCUGCAGCUGCUGAGCAAAAGGCCCGAGUUCAACGAGAAAAG